AUGGUUGAAAAUGAUUCCAAUUCUCUUAUGCUUGUACAAGAAUAUGCUAGUGAAGGUGAUCUUGAAGAACUUUUAAAAGAAAAUGAAUUUCGACCAUCACAAGCGGUUUUAUUAGAAAUAUUUUUACAAAUUAUUGAUGCAAUUGUCUAUCUUGCUAAUUAUUGUAUAGUACAUGGUGAUCUAGCUUGUCGAAAUGUACUCGUCUUUCGAUUCAAUAAUUUUGAACCACAAGAGAUUUUAGUAAAACUGACAGAUUUUGGUUUGACUCGUGCUAGCACAUUAUAUUCUGUUGUUGUUAGCACAGCAUCAACAACUCUCGUAGUGGUUCCUCUAAGAUAUGCUGCGCCUGAAAUACUUCAAAGUGCAAGUUUGUCGAAAUAUUCGGAAAAAUUAGAUGUGUAUUCAAUGGGUGUUUUGAUGUGGGAACCUUGUUCACAAGAGCAACUACCUUAUGCAUCGAUUGAAGAUGAUAAUGAAGUUCGUCGUCGUAAAUUCAAUGGAGAAAUUUUAACGAAACCUGAGAAUUGUGAUGAAGCAUUAUGGACUAUAAUUGUUGGUUGUUGGCAUUUAUAA